AAGAAUGAGAAUGAAAGAUGGGAGCUGAUCCGCAUUGAGGCGUUCACGAAGGACUUGGAGAACGAAUCGAGGUAUUGUACUAAGGUUGAUGAUGAGGUAAUGGAUUUUAAAGGUGGCACUAGCAAAUGUUAUGAAACUGAGAUUCUCAACGACAAAAAGAAGGAAACUCUAAUAAAUGAAGUAAUUCCUGCUGCUAUCAAACUGCACAGGGAUCGUCUGCUUGUGCAACCCCAGGAAGGCAAAUUGACUGUUCCUGAGUUUCAAGAUGAGAGUUAUUGCAAACAUUUCACUGUACCCUCAGAUCACCACGAUAAAGGUGUUGAAAAUGCUGACUUUGUGCUUUACGUGGCAGCCGGUACCGGAGAGCCAUUUGGUGUCACAUGUGCCCCUGCCGAAGCGUCAAGUCGCCCGAUUGCUGGUGCCAUUAAUAUUUCACCGUACACUCUUGUUCAUCCGCGAUGGGGUGUCCGUGCUGUUGCCCACGAGAUGGCACACGCACUGGGUUUUGACUGUAAGCGGAUGGAGCAACUUAAGAUGGUGACCAAAAUCAAUGUGCGUGACAAGGAUCGUAAGGUGGUGAGUUCCAAGCUGACGAAGGAAAAGGCACAAGCACAUUACAAUUGCUCCACUCUCGAGGGUAUGGAGCUGCAGUUGGGUAACGGAGAUGAGGUACAAUCGCACUGGACGCAGCGUAACGCGAAAGAUGAGUUAAUGGCCCCGACGGAUGCAUUCGGUGCCGGUUACUAUACAGCCCUGACCAUGUCAACUUUUGAGGAUAUGGGCUACUAUAGGGCAAACUGGGGAAUGGAGGAGCCAAUGAGCUGGGGCAACCACAGCGGGUGCGAUUUCUUUGAGGAUUUGUGUAUCGUCAACAAUGCUGCCAAAUAUCCCGAAAUGUUCUGCGGCAAAAGUGUUUCUCGAUGCACAACGGGCCGCAGUUCCCCUGGCUAUUGUAGUGUGCCUGCCAGUUAUCAUUGGGAGAGCGAAAAAGAAAGGUGCCCAUACACCAAGCCCUAUUUUGGUAACUUUGAAGAAAAAUAUCGAUACGCGUUUUGUUUUUCGGAUGAUGUACCUGCUCUUGAUGGGUCACUGAUGGGGAAUGACUCGUGGUGCCUAGAUGGUGAGUCACUCCAUGUGAAUUUUGACGAUGGCAGCGUGAAGGAUGACGUGGCCGGAGUGUGUGCGCUGGUGUCGUGUAAUGAGAGUAGUCGUACAGUAAUGGUGAAGUACAACGGUAGCGACGAAUGGCACGACUGCCCCGAGGGUAAGUCCAUCGAAGCAAAGCCACCUACGUUCAAAAGCGGCCAUAUCAAGUGUCCCAAAUACACUGAAGUGUGCACCAUUGCCCCCAACGGCAGCAGUCUUCUUCCACUUGUCAAACCACCUGAUCCGACACCCCCUGGUGGUGAUAAUAAUGGUGGUGACAACAAUGGUGGGGGUGAUAAUAAUGGUGGUGGUGGUGAUAAUGUUGGUGACGAUAAUGGUGGUGGUGGUGGUGGUGGUCAUGGUGAUGGGUGUGCCACUGCUUCCCCCAUCGCUCUGUCAGCUAUUGCCCUCAUGGUUAUCACGCUAAUGUUAUUACCGUAA